AUAGCUCACCGCCAUCUUCAAUUGAAUGGCUGAGAGCAGACCAGCACCACCAUAAGAUUCCUGAGACUCCAUAUACCCAAUUCAAACCUUCAAAAUCCCCUGAAAUUUGGAACAAGAAACAACAAUCGAAAGUUCUCAACUUCCAUUUCUCUCCAAUCUUCGAGUUCAAGGUACGAUGAUGCUUUUGUAGUCUCAUAGCCAGAAUCCGAUUUCAUCAUCUGUUUUCUUUUGCUUCCCUUUCGUGUUUAUUUGGUACAAGAUUAACAUAAACUUGAUUCUAUCUUGAGGAGAUAAAGCAAGUAUACCUUGACUAUCUUUCCCAGUAGUUUCUCACUUCCCUAAAGAUUUUCUUGAGGAAAAAAUGCAAGCUUUGAGCAUCUGGCCUUCUCAAAUUGACUUUAGGGUAGUACCCAAGUUGGACAUGGAAGUUUCCCAAGUGAGUUCAUCUUGUAUUUUAAGUACAAGUACAGUAAGAAGAAAAAGGUGGGGUUUUGGUGAUUCUGGUUGUCAAUGUAGAAAGUCUGGCCUGAUAUUGGUUUCAAGCUGUUUAAGGGGUAGAAAGAAUGGAGCUUGUUUUGGGAGCUCCCAAUCGGAUAUGAAAUAUAGGGUUUUCGAUGGAUGCUCGGAAAUUGAUGUGUAUUUCUUCUCUGAGCCGAAGAAAGGCCGUUUCAGGGCGUGUGUGGCAUUAGCAUGGACACUUGAGGGGCAAGCAAUUGAAAAUCAACUUGUUAAAGAAGAUUCAGUUUCAUUGGAUGGAAUUUCAGGGAAGAAUGGUAGUUGUGAUAAUGUGGAUGGAAAUGGAAAUGAAGAAGUUGACAGCAGUGAAAAUGGAAAUGAAGAACUUGACAGCAGUGCAAAAGAAAAGGGUAGUGAAAACAGGAAAGUAGGGAAAGAGAAGAUGAAAGAAAGGAUUGAUGUUCGUUUGCUUGCGGGGAGUUUAAGGUUGGCUAGAACCGUGGAAGAUGUGGAAGAGGUACUUAAGGAGAAGGGUGAAUUGCCUCUCCAAGUGUACUCAACCAUAAUCAGAGCUUUUGGGAAAGAAAAGAGACUAGAAUCUGCCAUUGCCCUUGUUCAGUGGCUGAAGGGAAAGAAAAAGCACACUAACGGUUCUAUUGGCCCUAACCUUUUUAUAUAUAACAGUCUUUUGGGUGCGAUGAAGGAGUCUGAACAAUUUGAGGAAGUGGAGAAAGUAGUAAAUGAAAUGGCCACCGAAGGAGUGAUUCCUAAUAUUGUAACUUACAACAUUUUGAUAGGGAUUUAUAUAGGACAAGGGAAAGAAGUCGAGGCGCUUAAUCUUUUUGAAGAGAUACAGAAGAAGGGUUUAUCACCAUCACCAGCGUCCUAUUCUACAGCUUUGCUGGCAUAUCGAAGAAUGGAAGAUGGGUUUGGAGCUCUAAAGUUCUUUGUUGAAUUAAGAGAGAAGCAUCGAAAUGGGUGCAUAGGAAAAGAUUGUGAAGAGUGGGAAACUGAGUUUCCUAAGCUUGAGGAUUUCACUGUUCGAAUUUGCUACCAAGUGAUGAGGGGAUGGCUUGUGAACAGUGGAAACUUAAGCACUAAUGUUUUGAAACUGCUCACAGAGAUGGAUAGAGUGGGGCUUCCAACCGGUAGAUCAGAAUAUGAGCGCUUAGUGUGGGCGUGUACCCGUGAAGAACAUUACAUUGUUGCAAAAGAGUUGUAUGCUAGGAUAAGGGAGGGGGAUUCUGAAAUAAGCUUAUCAGUUUGUAACCAUGUGAUUUGGUUGAUGGGAAAAGCUAAAAAGUGGUGGGCUGCUCUAGAGAUUUACGAGGAGUUGUUGGAUAAAGGUCCAAAACCAAAUCACAUGUCAUAUGAACUGGUAGUUUCUCAUUUCAACAUUCUGCUUUCUGCAGCUAGGAGAAGAGGGAUUUGGAAAUGGGGUGUUAAAUUGCUAAACAAGAUGGAAGAGAAAGGGUUAAAACUGGGAAGUAGAGAAUGGAAUGCAGUUCUUCUGGCUUGUUCCAAGGCUUCAGAAACUUCUGCCGCGAUUCAGAUAUUCAAAAGAAUGGUUGAACAAGGACAAAAACCCACAAUCGUUUCUUAUGGUGCAUUGCUCAGUGCUCUUGAAAAAGGAAAACACUACGGUGAGGCCCAGCUGGUGUGGGAAAAUAUGAUUAAAUUAGGAGUUCAGCCGAAUGUGUAUGCCUAUACAAUUAUGGCGUCAGUCUACACUGCACAGGGAAAAAUGGAUAUUGUGGAUUCCAUCAUCCACAAAAUGGUUUUGUCAAGGAUUGAAAUAACCGUCAUCACAUACAAUGCGAUUAUAAGUGCAUGUGCGCAGAGCAACAUGAGUGGGACCGCAUAUGAGUGGUUUCAAAAAAUGAAAGCUCAACGCAUCUCACCGAACGAAGUCACUUACGAAACGCUGAUUGAGGCUCUCACAAAUGAUGGUAAACCAAAGCUUGCGUAUGAUUUGUAUUCGAGGGCUCGUAAUGAAGGCCUAAACCUCUCUUCAAAGGCUUAUGAUUCAGUAAUCCAUUCAGCUGAGAUUUACGGUGCUACUAUUGAUGUUGACAUUCUAGGCCCAAGGCCGCAAGAGAAAAAGAAAUUUGUGCCAAUUAGAAAGAACUUGUCAGAAUUCUGUAAUUUAGCUGAUGUGAGAAGUAAAACCUUUGUCCGAAAGGAACUUUACGCCAGCCAAACAGAUCAAAACUCGUAAGUAACUUGUAUUAUCUCUACCAUGACGUAUUCUCCAUGGAUUUGCAACAUUUUAUACAAACAUCUUCUGGUUUAGAUUGUUUGCUGCUUUGAGGACAGAUGAUGU